AUGGAGAACUUGAACUUGUUGGAGUUCCUCAUUAUCACCUUAAACUGUAAUGUGACCAUCGUGGGCGUGCUCUGGCUGGUCGUGGCGGUCUUGCUGAGGAUGCUGCUGGUGGUGCUGGCAGGCUCGCCGAUCUACCAGGACGAACAGGAGAGGUUUGUCUGCAACACCCUGCAGCCGGGAUGUGCCAACGUUUGCUACGACCUCUUCUCGCCCGUGUCGCCGCUGCGCUUCUGGCUGGUGCAGAGCCUGGCCCUGCUCCUGCCGUCCGUGGCCUUCGGCGCCUUCGCCCUGCACCGCGGCUCCAGGCUGGCGGCGGCGGCGCGCAGGCCCCGGGUCCCCGACCUGUCGGCCGCCUACCUGGCCCACCUGCUGCUGCGCACCCCGCUGGAGGCCGGCCUGGCCGCCCUGCAGUACCUUCUCUUCGGCUUCUCUGUGCCCGCCGUCGUGUCGUGCUCCCGCGUGCCCUGCUCAGGAGCUGUGGAUUGCUACGUGUCGCGGCCCACGGAGAAGUCCCUCCUGCUGCUGUCCCUGUGGGCCCUGAGUGCGCUGUCCUUCCUGCUCAGCGUGGCCGACCUGCUCUGCAGCCUGGCGAGGAGGCCACGGGCGAGCAGGCGGUGGGUGAAGGGAGAGGCCGGCCCGGUCUGCGAGGGCCCCACACCUUCCCCGGGCCCCGUGCAGGACCCUCGGGGCUGUCAUGCCCAGGACGGCGGCCAGGAGGCGCAGGGUGUGCCCGAGCUCCCGCGUGCCUGGACAGCCGGCCAGGGCGGCUGCAGCCACGAUGGUCAGGGCGGGGCAGGGCGGGUGCAGCAUUCAGACCACGACGUCAGCGAGGCCGCUUCCUCAGCCGGCGACCAGCUGACGGAGGCUCUCACAGAGCAUGAGUUCAGAUCCCACAGAGAGACGUCCCCUGACCCGGGGGCGGAGGCCACGAGGUCAGACGAGCCACCCAGACACUGCCUGGCCAGCCUGCCUCAAGCUCCUGGGCGGCUGGCCACCUCGGGCAGCGCCCCCCACCUGAGGCCCAAAAAGUCUGAGUGGGUCUGAAGGCAGCCAUCCAGGGCCCACAAGCCCCUUCCCCAGCACGGCACCGCCUUCUGCGCUGUGACAGGGUCAGGCCUUUCGGGGUUUCUUCAUCAUGCAUUCUUGCUGAGAACAUUUUAGGUUUAACUGGAAAUUUGAUUUCCGUGAUGUAGAACCCCGUGGAAAAUUGCUCAACACUAUUCUAGGACCCUAAGGUCGAGGUGACCCAGCUAACUUAGCUUCUGGUUAACUGCUUGCUUGGGCAAACCUUCUCCCUCCCCAACCUAACCACUAAGCCUAGCUUUUAUUGAACUGCUUGAUUAAGCAAAAACUCUCUGCAGCUGCAGAGAUACCAAAAUGCGUUUAAAAAAGAAUGCCUUGGGCUGGAGAGAUGGCUCAGUGGUUAAGAGCACUGGCUGGUCUUCCAAAGAUCCACAAUUCCCAGCAACCACAUGGUGGCUCAUAACCAUCUAUAGUGAGAUCUGGUGCCCUUUUCUGGUGUGCAGGCACACAAGCAAGUAAAAUGCUGUAU